AUGUCGAGUAGUCAAAUUUCUAAUUGGAAAAAGCUUAAACAUACAGAUAAUCAAAUAGUUGUGACAUCAUCAUCUACUGCUAAGUUGGAAUCUAUUAGCACAGAUUUGGAACAUCAAAAUGUAAAUUCAAGUUCUUCUGAAAGCCAUGGCUUGCAACUAGAGCUUGGAACUUAUGAUAAAAGAAGUGCCAAUGUAGAACUUGUAGAUUCAAGUGACGAAGAAGAUACCACAGAGCUGUCCGAAAUCAGUAAAAAUAUUAAGGUGAAUCAGCGCAUCCGACUAUGGGCUACUUCCUGUAAUAUUAGUCAUUUUGCAUUAAGGGAGCUUUUUGCUGAUAAUUCAUAUGACGAGUUAUUUAGUGAUGACGAAAACAAGGAACCGUCAAUUUUUGCAGACAGUGGCAGUGAAUAUUUGCCUUCAAAUGAGGAAUCUUCAAUUUUUACAGACAGUGGUAGCGAAAACAUUCCUUCAGAAGUGGAAGACACUAAGUUGUAUAAUUCCAUUUGUGCAAAUAGUCCUAAUAUAGAAAAAGAAGUUUGCAGCUCACAAAUCUUAAUUAAUGACGUUAUUAAAGGUACAGAAAUUCCAAGGUGUAUGUAUCUUGCAGAAAUUCCACAAAACUUUACACCUCAAAAAUUUGAAUUUCAAAAUAGUUUUAGUAAUCCGCCCGGUAAUUGGAAUGUUAGUCUUAAGAGAUUAAACGAUGCUUUUUCAAAAAAGAAACAAAUAAUCAUACAUAGUGAUAUCACACUUCAAAGGGUGACACAAAACAAUAAGAACGAUACUCAAACCGAGAAGAAAGAAAUAAAGUCUAACAAGUCUAUUGCCAACCAGGUUUCAGACCCCUUCCAAUCGCCAUUUCUCUUAGAAAAUAAGUAUAAAAAAACUAUCUGCCAGUUCUGUGACAGUACUGUUGUGUCUAAACAUUUUGCAAGACACCUUGAACGGAAUCAUGUAGACCUAAAAGAAGUAAGGGAAAUAUUUUUGCAUAAGGCAGGAAGUCUAGAAAGAAAAAGACUUCUUGCUUUAGUGAGAAACGUGGGAAAUUUAGAUGUUGCGCUAAAAGGGCAUAUAAUACCAAAGAAGCUGCAAGCUUCAAAACAUGUAAAUGAAAGUGAUUACGCAAUUUGUAAACAUUGCUCAGCGUACUUUAAGCGCCUAUGCCUCAGUCGUCAUAUGAAAAAUUGUUUUGCAAAGAAGCCUAAUGCUACUUCUUCGACAAAUUGCAACGUUCUAUCUGAAUCUCUAAUUUAUUCUGUUUCAAAGAAAAAAAUUGGAGAAACUUUAAAUAAAUUGGAAGUUAAGACUGCAAUAUUCAGCAAAAUGCAAGCCGAUGCUGUUACCACGGUUGCAAUCAAUGAUAUUCUUCUUAUUAUGUGGGGAGAAGAUUUACUUAAAAAAACUAAGAAUAAUCGCAGCUUAUAUUAUAUCUCUAAUAAAUUACGUGAGUGCGCAAAAUUUUUGAUUGAAAUUAGAAAGCUUGGUUCUUUUAAGGACAUGCUUUCAACUUUAAAACCAGAAAACUUUGACAAUGCAAUAAAAGCAACUAAAAAAAUUUCGAGAUAUGACAUAGAAAACAGAACUUUUGGUGCCGCUUCAUUAGCUCUACAUUUUGGAACUACAUUAAAAAAACUUUCGGAUUUAGCAACGAAACUCAUUUUAAGAAAAAAGAUACCUUUGCCUAUUACAAAUGUUGAAACUUGCUUAAAGGAUUUGGAAAGAUUCAAGGGUAUAGUUGACUCACAAUGGACAACAGAAGUUGGCAGCUUAGCUUUAAAAGACUUAAAUGAGAAAGCCGCAGUUAAACCUAAAUUACUUCCUAUAACGGAAGAUAUUAUGAAUCUAAAAAAAUUUGUAGAAAAUUGCGCUGAGGAGUCUUAUAACAAAUUGAAGUCAUCUAAGUUGAUGGACUCUUAUCGGACCUUGGUCGAAACCACUUUGAUUCUUACAAUUUUGCACAAUAGAAAAAGAGUCGGCGACAUCCAGUAUUUAGAUAUAACUUCAUAUGACGAACAAAUCAAUAGAUCUGAGACAACGGUGCAAAGUGAAAUGGUCAGUUCUCUUUCGGAAAAUGAAAAAAUAUUGACCAAACAUUAUCAAAAAAUAGUAUCAAUUGGAAAAGGAAGUAGGCCAGUAACGGUUCUAAUACCGAGAACUAUUCACAAAUUUUUUACCCUUUUACACCAAAUAAGAAAAAGCACUACAUGGUUUUUGGAUACAACUACUUCUUUUCUUAUCCAAAAUCAACCAGAUGGAUAG